AUGGAAUCCGCCAGUAAAUUUGCAACAAACGUGGACCGCCACCUGGACGGCAUCGAGUAUCACCUUCGCCGCAUGCGACGUCGCUCCAGUGCAGGCACUCCACACGCCUACAGUGCAGGCUCUUUCAACAUGCGUCAAGAGCGGUCAGCGAACCGUUGCAGUGAAUCGCAGUAUAAAACGGGGCAGUUCGUCCGGCGUCAUCCGGGUGGGAGCUCAGCGGCGAGGGACGGGCCACGUGUGUUAUGGAACCGCCCCGCUAAGAAUUUUAACACGUCGGCUUCGUCACCACCACCAUCACGGCAUCCCCUACAAGUGAAGAAAAGAGGGAACGAGGGCGGUAAGGGCAAAGUUGUCGUGCCGUCUGCUGAAAAAAAUUGUUUUUCAAAUCCGUUGGAUGACCCCAAACCAGCGCCGCUGUCAAGAAAAACCAGCUCGUUGCUAAGUGCCAGUUUAUCAACGGUGCCGUCUUCAUUUUCCCCUUCCUCGACAUCUUCAACCUCGCCGUCUUCACGGCGACGGCGGGCUAUGGCAUUAUCGAGCGUCUCCUCUAAUUUAACUUCAGACACUCUUGUAUCAUUUUCUUCGCUUGAAAUGAGUCCGGCUGGGGAGAUCGCGACAAGAUGGCUGCAGUGGCGUAGAGCUGCCUACUACCUCCUUGCCUCCCACUACGAAAAGUGUUGCGCCGUAUUGACGCGCAUGAGGAAGUUGGGGCCACAGAAAGGAGCUUCCAGAAAGAACAAAUUUGAAAUGUUCAGUGAAGAAGAUAACGAAGAAACAAAAAGUUUAACAAGUCCGAGUGAGAGCAGUGAUUCAAUAGACGAUCUCAGCGAUGGCGAGCAAACGUCGGAUACAAUUCAAAAUGCACCUAUGUCUAAUCUCAUUGCAAAAAGUCAACAUGUAUGUAUAGCAUUGGAACGUACGGCGAGGCAGCUCGCAGCGCUUUCAGAAGAAGAGGCUGCGGUCAGACGCGGAAUAGAGGACGAGGCCCUGCGUGCUGCUGACGACCUUGAGCGAGCAUGGAACCGCAGCAUGAGGGGUGCCACUGUGCGCGAGCGACAGCGACGCCUUGCCGCGCAGGUAGAAUUGGAAGCGGCCAAAAGAGUCUACAUCCAGCGCAAGUGUCGUAUAAUCGAGGGGGACGAGGCAGCUCGGCGAGGCGCCAUCGAGCGGGUCGAGGAGGAGGAGCUCAUGGAUUUGCUAGAAGCGAUGGAGCAGGACGCCUGGGCGGCAUCGGAGAAGGAGACGGAACGUACGGCGAGGGCCUCGGAGUCCUUAAAGGCACAUUUGCUUUCCAAAUCAGAGUUGGUUGUUGCUGCUGUCUCUCAGCGAAAGGAAAAAGCGGUACAAACAACGCAAAAACUGGUCACAGUGAAAAUGUCACAGACGGAAGGAGAAGUGUGCAUUGAGAGGGAGGGGAUGGUGCAGAAUCAGCCCACGGCACCGAAGGAUAAAUCAGAUCUUGCGGUGGGUCGCUGGCGACAACUUGGCUUUCUUGGGCAGUCUACGCAUACCGACGGGUUGCGUGCGGCGGAUUCCUCGGAGAGUGUCCCCGUAGAAACUUCAAGGGAAGGUGGAAAUGGAGUGAGUGGAGAUGUUGUUGGCGAUUACAUCUCUCCAUGUUGUAGCAAAUACACGCAGACACCUCCGCCAAUAUACGUCUCCGUGCAGACUUCUGCUGAUAUCCCGUAUGUGACUCUGCGUGGGCCGGAAAGCGAGCCGCACGUCCCUGCGGAGGCGGCUGCACCGAACCUCGAGGUACAAUUGGCCUCAGAAAGUUCUCGCGACCUGUCGCCCCGUAAAGCUGAGUCUGGGCCGUCGAGGAGCUCAAAGUGCGCAAAGGCGACAGCCUCGUUGGAAACCUCGCCUGGGAGUGGGGUGGACAUGGAAGAGGAAGAACGUGCAACCGGGUCUGUUGAGGAGCGUCCCGUGCUGGAGGUGGAUUCGCCGGUCUCGCACGCAACGAAGCCGCAGUGUUCCCCGCGUGUGUCGCAUGCCUCUUGGAGGGAAACUGUCGUGAGGGAUGAGGCGAAAAGUUUAAGUGAAACCGGUUCACCGCAGCCCGUGGACUCCGUUCGCGAAGCUGUGCGGAACCUGCGAGGGAAAUCCGCGCGUAGACGUCAUGGCGGGCGUGUUCUUUUCCCUCCUGUGGAUACGCACCUUUCCCGGCAGGACAGUUGGACAAAUGACGACGAUCGACAGGUGUUUUCACCGCGUUGGGGUCUUAAAACAUUUGAUUUUGAGUGGAGCGAUGAAUUUAAUUUAUGCAGCUCCGCUGCCCGUGAUCUUGUGCGCGUGGAAGUGCGGCACCGGCGACAUGUGGAGAGGCGUGAAUUGCUCGAGCGCAAUGAGGUCAGGUGGGAGGAGCUAAACCACUACCGUGCAUGGGCGGCACGACAGCGCGAGUUACUCAUAUCGGUGGCAGAGGCAGCGGAUGAAGCAAACACAUGCAACAAAGAGGUAGAAAAAGAAAAAGAAGAAGAAGUGGCAUACGAGCACGGGCAUUUUUUGGCAGCUGACGCCGUUACUCCUGUUGUUCAUGCACCAGAAUGGAUACAUGAGGCGGAUGAAAUAAACGACGAAAAGGAAGACAUUUUGCCUCGAACAGAAGCUCCACAGCCCGCUGUUGCGGUGAACCGAUGGCCAUCCACCGCGUGGAGUGUCAACAUGACAGGCAAAACACCCGGCAUUCCGCCGCAUCUUCGUAAUCGCCCGUGGGCGGCAAUGCUCACAAGAAAGAAAACUUGUGGUGGUGACAAGUUAACGUCAGCCGUGGGACGUGUCUCUUCGCCGAUGUCACGCGGUUACCGCAGGACGCGUACCGUCUUUUCUGGCGAUAGUGAGGCGCUGGUGAUGAGGGUUCCAACAGACGACACGUGUAAUGCUCCUGUGAAGAGAGUGCCGGAGAGUGUCUCGACGAAAAGGUCUGCCAUACUUCCAGGUUACGCCCAGCAGUAUGAGCGGCGCCUUGUCUGGCAACAGCAUCGGCAAGAUGCCUUUGGGAUGCCGUUGCCGGAGCCCAUUUACUGCAGGACAACCAUGUCUUUUCUAGAGUCUGCGGAGUGGUGCUACCAGAAAACGUAUGUUGAUCGAUACUUGUACGCAUCACCGUCCGCAAGACGACACGAUGGAAGUGCCCGGAAGUGUGCUGAUGCCAUUUGCGAAGAGGUGGGUCGGGUGCACGUAACGUGGGGACUACGGCAGAGGUGA